UCAGGUUUCUAAUUCUACCCAGUUCAUUCUUUGUUUGUUCUUCAAUUUAACUAAUCCAAUCAAAAGACCACUUCUUUCUUUUCCAGAAAGGAAUUAUACCCAUUGUGGAAUCGCCGAUCACAUUUAAUUGCUUUUUAUCUUCUUUCACAUGGAACCAGAUAGCAUCGAUUGUAUGACAUAUUCAGAUGUGAUCGAUGAUGAUGAGAUCCAUCAUCAUAACCAGUUGCCUUCAUUGUCGAAACCCCGUGGCAACAAUGGGAAUAACAACAACAGCAGCAGUGUAUCAUCAGCGGUUCAUCCAAGCACUACCAGUGUUCAUGAGCUCCUUGAAUGUCCUGUUUGUACCAAUUCUAUGUACCCUCCUAUCCAUCAGUGCCACAAUGGGCAUACCCUCUGUUCAGCCUGUAAAACAAGGGUACACAAUCGAUGUCCCACUUGUAGACAGGAGCUUGGUGAUAUUAGGUGUCUAGCACUAGAGAAGGUAGCUGAAUCACUUGAACUGCCUUGCAAAUAUACGUCACUCGGAUGCCCAGAGAUCUUUCCCUACUAUGGUAAACUCAAACAUGAGGCCCUAUGUAACUUCAGGCCAUACAAUUGCCCAUAUGCUGGAUCAGAAUGUGCUGUUGUUGGUGAUAUACCAUUUCUUGUUGCUCAUCUAAGGGAUGACCACAAGGUGGACAUGCAUUCUGGGUGCACGUUUAACCAUCGUUAUGUCAAGUCCAAUCCUCGGGAAGUAGAAAAUGCCACCUGGAUGCUUACUGUAUUCCACUGUUUUGGCCAGUACUUUUGUCUCCAUUUCGAAGCCUUCCAACUCGGGAUGGCCCCAGUUUAUAUGGCAUUCCUUCGUUUCAUGGGAGAUGAGACCGAAGCCCGCAACUACAGUUACAGCCUAGAAGUUGGGGGCAAUGGCAGGAAACUCAUUUGGGAAGGCACCCCCAGAAGCAUAAGAGAUAGCCACCUAAAGGUGAGGGAUGGCCACGAUGGCCUUAUCAUACAGCGUAACAUGGCACUUUUCUUCUCCGGUGGGGAUAGAAAAGAGCUGAAGCUGCGAGUAACGGGGCGAAUAUGGAAAGAACAACAAAACCCUGAAGGGGGUGCUUGCAUACCCAACCUUUGUAGUUAAAA